AUGGUAAGAAUCAAUAAAAGAGGAGACAGUCUAAAGAAAUUUGUUGGUUCCUCUUUUCUUCCCAGAACCCUAUGCAGUGCAUUUGCAGAGCAUGAACAUGCAGAAGAUGUUGAAGGAAGCCAGCUUUGUUUUGUUUUACAGGAAGAGCUUGCUUGUUACAAGGCAAAAAGCUAUGACACAGCAGUAGAGCAAAUUGCAGUUAUCAAACAGAUAAUGGAGCUGUACCUUGUUCAAGAAGAUGAAUUCCACCAUGCAUCAGCUAUGUUAGAACUUGCUAUAGCUUUGCAUAGCCUAGGAGAUGUAGAGCUUGAAGAAGAGAAAUCUGCACUUGAGUACUGUCAAGAAGCUGGGGAGAUUCUAAAGCAGUUAUUGGACUCAGAAGGCUGCAAAGAUGAGGAGGGAAACUUGCAAGCAUGUCUGCUGGAUAGACUUGGUGCUGUCUAUUUAUGGCAGGCUUUGUUUGAGCACAAAGAUGCCAUGAAUGACAGAGCAACUUCAGUGAUGCAAGAGCUCAGUGACAGUUAUGAAGCCAAAGAGAUAGAAGAUAUUUGCCUGGAGCAACCAUUUAUGGCAUCACUUCAUGCAGCUUUGGAAACAUGGACGGCACUAAGAACCAAAUCACUGCAACAAGACCCCAGUGGAAAGGUUAACCUGGACCAUUUUAUUAAUCCUGAGGAGACGUAUCGUUACUUGCUUAUCACAGCAGAAAUUUUUGGGCUUUUAAAACAGCCCCUCAAAAAGGUUGGUGCUCUGUACAUGGCUGCCAGUAUAUCCCAAUCAUUUGGUACCAAAGAUAUGCUGGAUAGUGGAUUGUGUGCCCUAAGUGAUGCUGUUCACUUGAUGUGUGACAUGCUGGACUUGUCACAUGCUUCAGUUAUUCUGUCUCAUGCCACCAACCUGAUGAAUAGAUUUGAGCCAUGCAGUACAUCAUGGGUUCAAUUCUUGUUGGCCAAGAGUCACUAUUUGCUGGUGACAGGAAAGUUUUCAGAAGGAGAGGACUCUCUAAAAGAAGCAUCAGAGAGUGAAGUCUUUACACACAAGAGCUAUAAGUCACACCUGUUGAAAGCUAGAUGGCAAUCAAUUUGCUGUAAAUAUGCAAUGUUCCCACCUACAGUCCAUGAAUUUAAGAUAGUUGUUGAUCCUCUGCUUGGUUCACUGACUCCUCUGGAAUGGGCCAUAGAUGAGCUUCAUAAGCUAACACAAAUGGCUGAAGAGAUCUUUGGUUUGGAUGUGUUUUGUACUGGCAAACAGAUGCAAAAACAAAAGGAAAAUUUGUCAGAUUUGCUAGCCAGGUCAGAGGGUUCUGGCCAAAGCCUUUUUAGACUGUCUAUCCUAAAUGACUUGCUGUCAGCCCUGUUACAAGUUGGUCAGCUGUAUGCUCAUCAGGGAGCUGUGAGGGAAGCAUUGAGGCAAUUUGUGGAUGGAAUAACACUGGCAAGGCAAUUUUGCCUGCCAUACAGGACAAUGGAAUUCCUUAUCAAUGUUGCACAGCUUGAAGUGAUGCAAGGCAAGACAGAAAAGAGCCAAUAUAGGGUUGAUCAGGUGCAGAGAAUCCUUCAACCAACUAUGAAAUCUGAAAGCAAGUCUAAACUCUCCGAAUGUUGUGUUCAAGAACCACUGUUCACAGAACAUCCACAAACAUGUGAAUGUGUCGGUUGCCUUGAUCCUGUAUUGCAUGCUAUCUUUGUGGAGUACUUGAUGAGUCUUUCCAACCACCUUGCACUUACCUCAAGACCUGAACAAUCAUUGCUAGCCUUGGAUGUGGCCAACUUAGUUUGUGAAACUGCUAUGUAUAAAAUAAAACAUGCUUUAAAAAGACUUGAUGCUGUUGUGUAUCCUUUGGAAACCAAUGAUGAAAGUUCAAAGGGAACAAAGAAAAGAAAAGGAGCCAAUUCUGGAAGAGGGAGAAAACAGAAGAAGGAUGCAGUGGCAACAGAAUGCUCUAUUUCACAGUCCAUGUUCAGUCAGCAUCAAGUUACUUUGCAUUGCAUGAAUGUCAAGACCUUACUUCAGAAUGGAAACCUUACAAAAGCCAAUCUUGUGUUAUCAGAAGCAAUGGUGCUAUUACACUAUUUAGAAAAUGUGAAUCAGAGCAUCCCAGCUCACUUGCUACAUUGUAAAGCCAUUUUACUACACUUACAGGGAGUAGCAGUAUUGCUUGGAAACAGGAAUUUGGCUAGUGAAGUUUCUGUAGAUCAUAACUGGUUUUAUAAGACUCAGAUGAACACCACAUCUUGUGGAAAUACAGAAGAAAAUCCUAUUGUUGUUGUGGAUGAUGAAGAACCUGAGCUUGAAAUGCCAAGAAAGGCUUCAAAUAGAAAAACCAGGACUUCUAAAGCUGUGGAAAAAACUUCUACUUUGGAUAAUGGGAGGAAGAAAUCUUCAAGAGCAAAGGGCAGGGGAAAGAGCAAAAAAGUAGCAGAGGAGCAAUUAGAAUGUGAGAAAUCUGAUGCAAAUGCUGAACAAAAGCCAAAGCAACAAACUAGGAAACAAUCUAAAGCUAUUUGUAGUGAUGUGGGUGAUCAUAUCCAAGCUUCUGGCAAACAGCUAGAUCAAGCCAUCCAAUACUUCAGUGAAGCAUUCAAUCUCUGUCAAGCGUGUCCUCCUCCUGCCCUGUUCUCUGACAUCUGUCAGGGAUUAGCCUUCUGCCUUGGAAGAUCAGCACCUGAACUUGCAACAUACUACUUGAACUUGUCCAUGUCUGUUACUCUCAGACAUCAAGCUGUUACCAGAACAGGAAAGAGAAUAAAGAGAUUAGCAAAGGAUUUUUCUCAACCGUUGCCAGAGAAUGAAGGAGAUCUAGUGCAGCUUGCAGAACAUCUUUCUUCCCUAUCACUUGAUGACUCUUCAACUGAUAAUACUCACCAUAAACUGGCAGCUCUGGUAAAGACUCGAAACAUCAUGAAGUUUUCUUUGUGUGCAAGUGAAAGAGGAAAACUAUGUCUAUUUACUCCAAAAGAAAUUUCCCUUUUGCAGAACAUGCCUAAAGAGUGGACUGUUUGCACUUUGGAAACCUUCACACAUCCAGUGAGCAAGGACAGAGAACUGCUGAUCAGCAGGAUGAGGGCUGGCUGUGAUCCUGCUGUGGUUAAGAUUAACACAACAUCUGGAGAGGAACAGAGCAAGGAUUGCAUUGGAGAUGAAGUUGUUAUGGAUCUUUCAAAACUGUUCCAGUCUGGUGUAUUGGAGGAGUUUGCAGACAUAAUGAGUGACAGCAUCAAAAGUAUGAAUAUUAACAACACAGCAGAGUGGUGGGCACUGAGGACAAGGCUUGACAGGAGAAUGAAGAACCUUUUGGAGAAGAUUGAAGGUUCUUGGCUUGGGAGAUGGAGAGGAGUUCUUCUUGGUCAGCCUGUCAGUCAGGAACAUCAUGAAUCAGUAGCAUCCCUAGCUAGAGAGUUGGAAGAGAAGAUAUUUGUCAUGUGUGGAUACCGACCCGAUUAUCAUUUGCUUGAGGUCCUCAUAGAUUCAUCAUUCUGCUUGUCAAGAAAAGAAACUGCUGAAGCACUGAUUGAAAUUACUGGCAUGGAUGCGACCUUACCAUCCUUUGAAAAACUACUUGAUGAAGUUGAGAACCUCACUGGCAAGCUAUUUGAAGACAGAGACAAGAAGAGCAGCAUAAACAGGUCUGGUGAUCACUCUGCUGAGAACAUUGCCCGCCAUCCUGUAAUCCUAAUUCUUGGGAAAGAAAUUCAGCAUCUUCCUUGGGAAAGUAUACCCAUGCUGUUUGACCAACCUGUGACUAGGAUCCCAUCUCUGCAGUAUCUUUUGUCCAAGUUAUCUUGUCAGAGACAGUUGCCAGAGAUUAAUCCUGAGAAAACAUUCUAUGCACUCAAUCCUCAGAAUAACCUGCCUAACACCCAGAAAAUGUUUCAGAAGUGGUUUGAAAGUGAGGAUGGAUGGCAGGGUAUCACUGGCAAUGCUCCAACACAGGAACAGUUCAGGAGUGCUUUGACUGACCAUGACCUGUUCAUAUAUUUUGGUCAUGGCACUGGACGUGAAUUUCUCCAGGGUGAUGACAUUCAGAGGUUGGAUUGUCGAGCGGUCACUCUGCUUAUGGGUUGCAGCUCUGGAAAAUUACAGGUUGGUGGUGAGUGUGAGCCAAGAGGGAUGGCAUUAAACUAUCUUCU